CCCCCGCGCGGCCCCCUCCCGCGGGAGUCGCGGCGCUGCGGGUCCGAGCGCGGCCGGAGGGACCCUGGUUCGGCCGGGAAGCCGAGCCGAAGCGGAGCCUGAGCCCGGCGGGCGGGCGGGCGGGCGGCGGGCGGCGAGCUGCGCGGGGGCGUGCGGCGCUGUCGCGGACGCUGUCCCGCGCUCCGGGCCGCCUCGGGUCUCGGGGUCUCCGAGACAAUCUGCGCCCGGGCCGAGGAGCGGGGCAGACGGGCGCGCUGGCAGAGUGCAGGGCCGCUGCUCGAGCUCGGCCCGACGCGGCGUCGCGAGCCGCAGGUUGGAGCUCGGGGCCGGGGCCUGAGGCUCGGGCGCUGCCGGGGCCGAGCGGAGGUCUGGGUUUGCCUCCCGUCCCCGCUCAGGACCCCGACGUGGGUGAGGCGGCCCCGGGAGCAUGAGCGGGCAGCGCGUGGACGUCAAGGUGGUGAUGCUGGGCAAGGAGUACGUGGGCAAGACAAGCCUAGUGGAGCGAUACGUGCACGACCGCUUCUUGGUGGGGCCCUAUCAGAACACCAUCGGGGCCGCCUUCGUGGCCAAGGUGAUGUCUGUCGGAGACCAGACAGUGACUUUGGGUAUUUGGGACACCGCAGGCUCUGAGCGCUACGAGGCCAUGAGCAGAAUCUACUAUCGAGGUGCCAAGGCUGCCAUCGUCUGCUAUGACCUCACAGACAGCAGCAGUUUUGAGCGAGCCAAGUUCUGGGUGAAGGAACUGCGCAGCCUGGAGGAGGGCUGUCAAAUCUACCUAUGUGGCACCAAGAGUGACCUGCUGGAGGAGGAUCGGCGGCGUCGGCGUGUGGACUUCCACGAUGUCCAGGACUAUGCAGACAAUAUCAAAGCUCAGCUCUUUGAAACAUCCAGCAAGACGGGCCAGAGUGUGGACGAGCUCUUCCAGAAAGUGGCAGAGGAUUACGUCAGUGUGGCUGCCUUCCAGGUGAUGACAGAAUGUUGCCAAGCUGCCACCUCUCUCUUUGACAGAGGACAAGGGCGUGGAUCUGGGCCAGAAGGCAAACCCAUAUUUCUACAGCUGUUGUCAUCACUGAGUCACCACUCACCUGGCCUGGGGGAAUUAAAGGAACUCCUCAAAGGGGCCAGACCCAGCUUUUGUCUGGGCUUGGGUGGUCAAAUGUUUGAGCUACCCCAGGUCCCCAUGGCAGCAGAGGUGGCACCUGCCUGUGCUGGCCCAUGGAACAGAGGCAGCAUUGGGCUGACUGUGGGCAUGAGGAGGGGUAAGGGCUGAUUUGGACCCCAGGCUUUUGCCCUGGACAGCACUUGUGUCUGCAGAUUAUCUAAGUGGCUUCUGAUCUGUAAAUAAAAUCAAUGCACUGUGAAUCACA